CCCCCUAUCACGGACGUUCUCUAUUCAGAAAAACACUUGCUGACCAAUUAUCAUGUAGUGGGCGUACGCAGAGUAUUGUGAAAUGAUUUCCUUCUUGACGUCCGCUUGAAAAAAGGUUCACUGAAAAAAAACUGUAGCAAUUGAUACAUGAAAGGUUAAGGCUAUGAAGCUUUUUCUAAACCCCCGAUGGCUACUUAUUCUAAUGCUAAUUAUUCUAUGCUUCUCAUCCGCCUAUGGCAGAAGAGGAGGUGGUGGCAGAGGAGGUGGUGGUCGAGGUAGUUCGUCCAGAGGCAGUUCAUCAAGAGGUAGCUCAUCCAGGGGAUCAAGCAGCGGGAGUAACACAAGUCGAGGCACAACUUAUGACAGAAGUCGAGACAGAGGUUCUAGCAGUGAUAGCAAUCGUAGUCCGCCGGCUCCUGCUCCCAAACCAGAACCUCUUAAACCAAAAGCGUCUGUCAGACCUUAUGUACCCUCUCCUGCACCAGCACCUAAACCUUCAGCGCCAGAAAUGCGGCAACCAGCUCAAAAUCCUAACUUUAAAGAAAAUCCUAGUCAACCAGCAUAUAACCCAAAUUUUAAAGAACAAAGUCCGAACCAGCCAGCCAAUAAUCCUAACUUUAGAGGACAAAAUGCACCUGGGAAUCAGCAACCUCCACCAUAUUCUCCCAGAGAAAAUCCUCCAGGGUAUUCGCCUGUCGGUCACCAACCACCACAUUCACCAGGUGUUGCACCACCUCCUUAUUCAGCGGGUGGUCAUCAACCAGCAUAUGCUCCCGGUGGUGUUGCACCACCCCCAUACAGUGCUCAAGGCCCUUCUUAUAAUCCGAACAUGGGAGUUCCCAACGCUAAUUACCCGAGACAACCAGGGUCACAAGGUAUACCGAAUGCAAACUACCCUAGGCAGCCGGGAUACCCGUCCGCUCCUGGAGGACCAAAUUAUCCAUCUCAAGGUGGUAUACCUGGAGCCAAUUAUCCUAGACAACCAGGAGGUAUACCUGGAGCCAAUUAUCCUAGACAGCCUCCAGUUGCUCCAAAUACUUUGGGAGGACGUGUUUGGCAUCCCCAGUCUGGAAUGCCAGCUCCAGCUUAUAUGAACUAUGGAGGAUUGCCAACAGGUUCUAACAUGUACCAAAAGCCUCUAAAGAAGCAAGGAUUUCUGGGCUCUCUUAUGUCUAUGGGCCCAUCUCACAAAAUGGGAAAAACACCAAAAUAUUAUGGAUCCUAUCCGAGUCCUUAUGGCGGAGGAGGUUUUGGCGGUUUCGGAAAACAUGGUGGUGGUUUUUCUGGGAAAUCUGCAGCUAUGUAUACAAUAUUGCCUUACAUGGCAGCAAGGCAGACUAAAAGUAUGUUUAGGCCUAGAUUUGGUUUUAUGCCAAUAUUUUUACCUAGUCCUUUUCAUCAUCAUCAUUAUCAUGGCUAUGGAUAUGGUUAUGAUGGAUAUCAUAAUCAUCAUUAUUAUGAUGUUUAUAACAAUCAGUAUGCCGGAAAAUGCAACCGUCCACUCACACCCAAGUACUCCAAUAUCUCAUGCAACUCCACAAAUAGAGAGAUAAACUGUGAAGCGAAAUGCCAAGAAGGAUAUCGCUUUCUAGAAAACACAACAUCCAAGGAGAACAAAUGCUGGCAUGUGACUGGAGUUUGGCGACCAACAAAGAACUUCCCUGAUUGCCAACCUGUUUGUAAUCAGACAUGUUUGAAUGGAGGAAGCUGCACCAGUCCAGAUGUAUGCGGAUGCCCACCUGAAUACAGAGGACCCCGAUGUGAACAUCACUUUUUGAACUGUGACAUCAGGAAGUUGGCUGGAAAUGUCAAGAUUCGAUGGGUAUGCACUCAUACAAAAACUGGAACAAUAUGCAAAAUCAAAUGCAAAGAGGAUAAAGAGUUUGAGAAACCACCCCCUGAAGAAUAUAAGUGCACACCUGACGGAACAUGGACACCAUCUGAAGUGCCAUUAUGCAUAGAACCAAGUAUAGUUUCAGGAAAUGGCUCAAAUAAUGAAACUGUGUCCACGAGUUGAAUCAAUACUUGAAGAUAUUUUCUUAACGGAAUCAAUGUACAAAUUUUGAGAGAUGACAAUAAAUUUUAUCACAUUUUUGAAGAAA